GUUAUUCAACACAGAAACGAGGAGUGUGACCACAUUCAGUUUUUAAUUGAAGAGAAAGAGUCUAAAGAAGAGGACUACUAUGAAGACCUUGAUAGAUUUGAAGAAAAUGGUACCCAAGAGUCUCGCAUCAGUCCCUAUACUUUCUGCAAGGCCUUUCCUUUCCACAUAAUAUUUGACAGAGAUCUGGUGGUCACACAGUGUGGCAAUGCUAUAUACAGAGUCCUUCCACAGCUGCAACCAGGCAAUUGCAGUCUGCUGUCAGUUUUCUCUUUGGUCCGGCCUCAUAUUGAUAUUAGUUUCCAUGGGAUCCUCUCACAUAUCAAUACAGUCUUUGUACUGAGAACCAAGGAGGGGCUGUUGGAUGUGGAAAAGCUGGAGUGUGAAGAUGAACUGACUGGCACAGAAAUCAGCUGCUUACGGCUGAAAGGGCAGAUGAUCUACUUGCCUGAAGCAGACAGCAUUCUCUUCCUCUGCUCGCCUAGUGUGAUGAACUUGGAUGAUUUAACCAGAAGAGGAUUAUAUCUGAGUGACAUUCCAUUGCACGAUGCUACCCGUGAUCUGGUUCUGUUGGGAGAGCAGUUCAGAGAGGAAUAUAAGCUGACUCAAGAGCUUGAGAUCCUCACUGACAGAUUGCAGCACACACUGCGUGCACUGGAAGAUGAAAAGAAAAAGACAGACACAUUGCUGUACUCUGUUCUACCACCAUCAGUGGCAAAUGAGCUGAGACACAAGCGUCCUGUUCCAGCCAAGCGGUAUGACAAUGUGACCAUCCUCUUCAGUGGCAUUGUUGGAUUCAAUGCCUUCUGUAGUAAACAUGCCUCUGGAGAGGGGGCAAUGAAGAUUGUGAAUCUUUUAAAUGAUCUUUACACAAGGUUUGAUAUUCUCACUGAUUCAAGAAGGAAUCCAUUUGUUUAUAAGGUGGAAACAGUUGGGGACAAGUAUAUGACAGUGAGUGGUCUACCAGAGCCUUGCAUUCAUCAUGCACGAUCUAUCUGCCACCUGGCACUGGAUAUGAUGGAAAUAGCAGGCCAAGUUCAAGUAGAUGGGGAGCCUGUACAGAUAACAAUAGGAAUCCAUACUGGUGAAGUUGUCACAGGUGUCAUAGGCCAAAGGAUGCCACGUUACUGUCUCUUUGGAAAUACUGUCAAUCUGACAAGCAGAACAGAAACUACUGGAGAAAAAGGAAAGAUCAAUGUCUCUGAAUAUACUUACAGGUGUCUUAUGACACCAGAAAAUUCAGAUCCUCAGUUCCACCUGGAGUACAGGGGUCCAGUUUCUAUGAAGGGUAAAAAAGAACCAAUGCAGGUUUGGUUUUUGUCCAGGCAGAAUACAGAGACAGAG